CUUGUUAUCUUCUUAAUCUGGAGAUGCUUUCUAAGAAACAAAACUCGGAGACAGACAGUGACUGAAAGCCACAUUCCUUUCCCUCAACAUCUUAACAUCAUUACUCCACCUCCUCCACCAGAUGAAGUCUUUGACAGCAGUGGAUUGUCUCCAGGAUUUUUGGAAUAUGUUGUUGGUCGCUCAGAUUCGGUUUCCACUCGCCUUUCCAACUGUGAUCCCCCACCAACCUAUGAGGAAGCUACUGGUCAGAUGAACCUGAGAAGGAGUGAAACAGAACCUCAUUUAGACCCACCACCAGAAUAUGAGGACAUAGUCAACUCCAGUUCAGCUAGUGCCAUUGCUAUGGUGCCUGUGGUCACCACCAUCAAAUGAAGCUGCAAAACUUUUUUUUACUUUAAUCAUUUCUAAAAUACUAAUGGAAAAACUUUCUAGCACUUUACUACUACAUAAGUGUGCAUUGACUUAUUUUACUAGACUCUUAGAGCAUACCACUUCACAUUUACUGGUUUGAUUUAUCUUUACUUUUGUUUCUUAUUAUAAAAUCAUUAUCUGUGAUUGUUUCUACAAGAGGAAACAUGACGGAAAGGCAUGUCAAUGGCAGUCUUUGUGUGCUCUAAAGGAUACACAUUUAUGCAUAUAGCCACAUGUGUACCAUCCAAUUUGUGUACAACUAAGUUCUACCACACCACCCAUAAAGACAACAUUACUCAACAAAAUUUAAAAGGCAGGGGGCAUAGACAGUAUAUGUGAUAGGCAGCACCAUGCAUGUUUUCUAAUUAAAGACAUCAGUUAACUUCCUAUUUCUUCUUUCAUGAAAGGAAAAAAUAUGCAUGGAUGCAUCCUCAAUUUUAGAAACAUCUCACAGAGAGACAGAGAGAGAGCAUGUAGCAUAUAGUAUAUGUACUUGAUUGUAGUAUAUAACAAGGAAAUCAUUGAUCAUUAGUGGCAUUUAGCUUAUUUUGUACUAGGGUUUUCCUUCUUGGAUGAUUACCAAACACUGUUCCAUUAAAAUUUUCUUAGUAUCUUUGGAUGUUUCAUGCCACUUGUAUUAAUAUCUUGCUAGCAAGUAUUUCUAGGUAAUGAAAUAGUAUUUGUGUUAAUGACAGGGAGUAGGUACUGACUACUCCAUUCCUCAUUGUGUGGUUGGCAAUAAUUGUUUUAUACUAAUUUUUAUUCUCACUGCUACUAUAGACUCUCCAUUCACUCAAGAAUUUAGCCAAAAUCAAUUUUGAAUCAUUUUUUAAUGUUUUGCACAAGUUAAAAUCUUAUUAUCAAAAUUAUUAUGUUGCUGUUUUAUAUUCUAUCUUUUUUAGCUGCAGUAAGUAGUUUUACUUCUUUUCCUUGGAGGAGAGGGAGUAGGUUAUGAAUGAAUUGCCAAAAUAAACUAUUUCAGAAAGUAUAGUAAAAGGUCAAAUGAGAUGCCAUGUAUACAAAUAGUUUUUCAGUAUGAAGAACUGUUUAAUUGUAAGACCUUAAUGUUAUUAUUGUGCUUCAGGGUAACAUUUCUCUGUUUCCCUAGAACUCUUAUCAGAGCUUUUACAUAAUGAGAAAUAUAACAGGCUGCUCCAUAGUUAAUAUUUUCCUAAGCUGAGUGUAUGGGCUAUUCCUUAUCUUCACUUAUUAUCUGGACUGUACAAAAGCUGUGCCAAUUUAAGUACAUUUGCCAGUGCUGUAUUGAAUGAAGAAAUGCUGGAAUUUACACUAAAGUACAUGAAUUAGUUAAUAGAUAUGACACAUGAAAAGGUAUUUGUAUCUUGAUAAUGGUCUCAACAUGACGAUAUUGCUUUAAAUAUUUUUUCUUACUAUGUGAUAAUCGUCUGUUUCUAAUUAAAUCUGAAGUUGAUCCAGUGUACAAGAGAAGUUAUGGGUUGUGUGAGUGUGUUACACUAAUAUUAGGAUUUAGAUAAGACCAGCUAUUUUCAAAUUGUGGCCCAUAAACCCUAAGAGUUUCCUGACAGUCUUCCAUGGAAUCUGUGAAAUUAAAAUAUUUUCUUCCUAUCUGAAGACAUUAUUUGUCUCUUUAUUCUAGUUCUCUCAAACAGAAUUAAACAAUGGGAAACAAUACAGUCUUUGCACAUGUCUUUUAAAAAAGACAAUAUAGGUAUUUUCAUAAAAAUGUAAUUGUAUUGGCAUAUUUUUUAAUUUUUAGCUGAAUUAGUGCUUUAAUUUUUUUCAGUUCAUUUCUAACAUAUAAAAUACUGAUAGAUGUAAAUCUCAACUGCAAAAGUUCUUUGGAGUCUAGAUUCCCCCAAGAGUUUAAGGAGGGAUCCAGAGACCAAAAUUUCAAGAACUACAAGAUUGAACAAAAGAAUAAGACAUCCUCUCACUAAGUUAGGUUUUUGUUCUUGUAAAGUUACUCUAUAUUUUGAAGUCUUAAUACUGGAUUUACCACUUUCUAAACUGAAGUAGAACAAUAAAUGAUGGUUCUUGAAACAAAAGCUAAAGAAAUUGAUCAGUAAUGACAGCUGUUUAGAUUGUUGGUCAGAGAAAAUACUAUUUCAUAGUAAUUAAUAGCUGCACUAACCAUAAAUUUCAUGGCAGCUUUAUAUGAUAAGAGUGUAAUCUAAAUACUACUUCAUGAACUUUUACACUUUUUUUGUUAUGUUUGAGUACAGUUUAGGUCUCAUACUUUUAAAAUUCCCUUUGCUACCCCUUCUGGUUUUAUAAACUGAGUUUCUUAACAUGUAUUAUAAUUAAGGGGCUUAUCUGGAAUAACAUAUAUUUUUAUGGUUUGCAUUUCCUACCUGAUUGAUACUGCAUUUGCCUUUGAUCAUUUUUAAUGAAGAUUUAUUUUUGCAGAAUGUACUUAAUACCUUUCUAAGCAGUGAAUAAAUGGAAUUAAACAAUUUAUAUUUAAAUAAAAAGAUCUGCUCUAGAUUCCUCCAACAGAAUGAUUUUCAAACCUCCAACUACAUUGCUUGUAUCUGGAAUCCUUGAACUGGCAUUUUUUGCUUUCCUGCCCUGUAUGUCACAAUAAAUUACAUGUUUUAAAUAAAUAAAAUGAUUGCUUCUUUUCCUAUUGACUAAUAAAAAAGGGAGCUGUUAUGUUUGUUGAGUGCUAAUGAUAACUUCUUCAAGAUUGGUAAUCUGAUCCAGUAACUACAGAGGUAGCUUUAACUUAGUUCUUUGUAAAUAGCAUGUUUUUAUUACAAUACUUCACAUUUUCAAAUGCUUGGUUUACAUUAAAUUAUGAUAUUUAACUUUUUAUGUUUAUACUAGAUAUGAUUUUCUUAUGUUUCCGUGUUUUGGUAUGCUAAAUAAAGCUAUUUUUAAACCCAA